CCAAGGGAGGGCAGCAUUGGUGUGCGGUCGAGUACAUGAUUAAAAUCUUCAUGACCUGUAUGAUCUGCCUCAGCGGAAAGAGGGAUCGUAUCUUCUUUCUCCUUCUCUUUUCUUUCUCUGACAUGUCACUCAGAGAGCAGCAACAGACAUAGUAGUAGUCUUCACUCUUCAGCGAGAUUGAGAGAGAUCUUGUAAUCAAAUUGAUUAAUUUGCUUUAGAAGAAAAAGAUGGAAGAAGCGAAAGCAAUGGCUCAACAUCAGCAGCAGCAGCAGCUAUUGUUACAGCAGCAACAACAGCACCAGCAACAGCAGCAGCAGCAGCAACACCAGCAACAGCAUCAGCAGCAGCAGCAGCAGCAGCAACAACAACAACAGUUAUUGCUUUUACAUCAAUUACAAAGACAACAGCAACAGGCGCAACAGGCCGCUGCCAUUUCUCGUUUCCCUUCCAACAUCGACGCUCAUUUGCGCCCACUCCGAGCCCUCAAUCUCCAACCUAACCAAAUCUCCAACCCCAACCCUAACCCUAACCCCAACCCCAACCCCAACCCCAACCCUAACCCUAACCCCAAUUCUGUUCUUCCCAAUCUCCAACAAAAUCCUAAUGAGAACCCGCAGCAACAGCCCCAACAGCAGCAGCAACAGAGGGCGAUCCGUCCGGGUAACCAGGCCGAGCUGCAAAUGGCGUACCAGGACGCCUGGCGGGUCUGCCAUCCGGAUUUCAAGCGUCCCUUCUCUUCUCUCGAAGACGCAUGUGAAAGGUUACUGCCUUACCAUGUGGUGGCAGAUUAUGAGGCUGAAGAGGAUGACCGAAUCCUUGACUCUGACACUACAGGCAUGAUGCCAUCUCGCUCUCAGCAGUGGGAUCACAACAUUUCUGCAAAAGUUGCUGAGUUUACAGCAACGUUUGAGAAACAGGCACUGGCCUUCAACAUUAUCUCCCGCAAGCGUGCUUUUGGGGAAUUUAGAUCAGAAGAGAGACUUAUGAUUGAGCAGGCUCUUUGCCAAGAAGAAAAACGAGCAUGUCUGGAAUUAAGAGCAGAGCUUGAUUCAAGAGAAAAAGCUCGAAUGGCAGCGAUUGUUCAGGCAGAGCAAGCUCGGGUUGAGUCACAAACACAUGCCGAAAUGUUGGCUCGGGCCCCAAUAAGGGCAAGUGCACUUGGGGCUCAAGGCAAUGAUGUCCCGAUUGGUCAUGAUAUGAGAGUACAGGAACACGGGGCUAACCCAGAAGAGAUGAUAAAUGGAUGGGGAAAUAGUAUGCAAAGAGAUGAGAAAGAACCAUCUGAAGAUUUUCUAAAUGACGAGGAGACUGAGAAUGGAUCUACUGGCAUGCAGGAUGGCUGGCGUGAAGUUGGAGAAUUUGAUUUGAACACACGUUAAACAUUCCAACUCUAGUCUAACAUACCAACUGGGAUGUUGAUAAACGAAACAAAUGCACAUUACGUGGAAGAUUAGUUGGCUGAAGCUCUCUUUGAAUAAUUGUGUAUUUAGUGAGGCAUGAAAAUUUGAGAAAUACUUACUGUUGAGAGUACGAUUAUUAGUGCGGUUUCUUAGUUUCAAUCA